AUGUCCAACUCUGCCAGUGAGACCAUCCUGUUCGAGUCCGUCCCUGACGGUGCAGAGCCCGCCUAUGGUCAGGUCAUGCAAAACACCUCCCCGGUCGGGACUAAUUCCGAUCCCGGGGACAUGCUUUCUCUUCAGGUGGACGAGCUCGACUUGGAGGACCCGCUGAGCUCGGAGUACCGUUACUAUGACGAGCCACUUGCCCAGGACAAGGGGGAUGAGAGCGCCCGCUUGCAGUAUACUCGGCCGCUGCCAGUCAAUUAG